CAUUCUUUUAUUUGGAGAGGCGGAUAAAGUGGCGGACAAACUUGGCAAGAUGCAUGGAUCCUACAAAGAGUUCUUGUCGGCGCCAACAAGGAGAGAUUGGUUCCUAAGCUCACCCUACUUGCACCAUCUCUCAUCAACAUAACAUAGCACAGAAUACUUCUCUCUCUCUCUCUCUCAUCUCUUUCGUCACCCCGACAAGAGGACAAAUUACACAUCUCAUGUACAGCCAAUCCAUAGCCGGCCUUUUCACAUGCCACCAAAGCCGCCUUAUAUGAGCUCACCGUCUCUAACCUUCAUCUCUUUCAGGCGCUGCACUCGAGCAUGAAAAAGAGUCAGCUUGCAGGUUUCUGACUCUUUCUUCUCUCUCUUCGCCUACUGUUUCGUGUUUCUGGGUCGGUCAUUCCUUGGAAUCUUCAGAUCUAGUUGCUACCUUCUUGCCAUGAGAUCCCAAAGUACACAACCUUCUGUAUAUUCCUUGUGCAAGCACCAAAUUCAACUCCUCUGCUGCGCCUUCUGCACUCUCUGCUUCUUCGUUCUCAUGCUUACCCUCUCUAGAUCUUUGUCUCUGUCUCUUGACAUAUGACGCAAUUCACUAGAAGUGCACCGGCGCCUCCUCCUCUGCACCCCAAUGGGGUAGGCCUGUGCCUGGGCAUGGACGCAUCGAAGCCCUCCUUGUCCCGUUCCCGGCCGUGGCCCGGCCUCCCUGUCUCCUCCUCCAAGUCCCUCGGCAGCUUGAACUCCGUGAACUACAUGGAGCAGCUGCUCGUCAACUGCGCCAACGCCGUCGAAAGCAACGACGCCACCCUUGCCCAGCAGAUCCUGUGGGUUCUCAACAACAUCGCACCCCCCGACGGCGACUCCAACCAGCGUCUGACGUCCGCCUUCCUCCGGGCCCUCAUCGCCCGGGCCUCCAAGACCGGCUCCUGCAAGAUGCUCACGGCUGUCGCAGCCCGUGCUGACGCCGAUCUCGCCCUCCACGUCCACCGUUUCUCUGCCAUCGACCUCGCGAGCUUUAUCGAUCUCACUCCCUGGCACCGCUUCGGCUACACCGCGGCAAACGCUACCAUCGCGGAGGCUGUCGAGGGGGUACCUGCGAUCCACAUCGUUGAUCUCACCACCACGCACUGCAUGCAGAUGCCAACCCUGAUCGACCUGCUGGCCAAUCGUCCCGAAGGUCCGCCGCUCAUAAGGCUCACCGUGCCGAGCCUGACGACAACUGCGCCACCACCGCCGAUGCUGGACAUGUCGUACGACGAACUUGGAUCGCGGCUGGUCAAUUUCGCGCGUUCCAGGAACGUAGCUAUGGAGUUCAGGGUGAUCCCUUCCGAUCCCAGCGAUGCGUUUGAUUCGUUGAUCGAGCAGUUGAGAGUCGAACGAUUAGUCUCCGAAGACGAGGCCGUGAUAGUGAACUGCCAGAUGCUGCUGCAUUACAUUCCGGAGGAGACGGUCGGAGCAAUCGCCACCACGAUGAGCGUCAACUCACCAACACUAUCCGUCCGGAAGAUGUUCCUCGAGGCUCUACGGGGUCUCGAGCCUACACUAGUGACGGUGGUGGACGAGGACGCCGACUUCACAGAGAGUGACCUGGUAGGAAGACUGCGUUCGGCGUUCAAUUAUCUAUGGAUACCAUACGACACGGUGGACACGUUCCUCCCCAGGGGGAGCGAGCAGCGGCGGUGGUACGAGGCCGGGGUGCGCUGGAAGAUCGGUAACGUGAUCGCGCAGGAGGGGCUGCAGAGAGUGGAACGGGUGGAGCCGAAGGGGAGGUGGGCGCAAAGGAUGAGGGCGGCGGGGUUCCGGUCGGCGGGGUUCACGGAGGAGGUGGCCGUGGAGGUAAAGAGCAUGCUCGACGAGCACGCAGCCGGCUGGGGGUUGAAGAAGGAGGAGGAGGAGUUGGUGCUCACUUGGAAGGGGCACGAUGUGGUGUUUGCCGCAGCUUGGGUGCCCUGCUGAGAGAACUUGCAUGAGAAGAAAGCAUCUGUGAGUGCUGAUUUAAUAUUGCUUAGAUUAGCAUUUGUUCCCAAUAACCAGUGAUUAAUUUGCCAAGAUUAGUAUCAGUUCUGAGUC